GAAAUCUCCUUCGCAGGCACAGAGCAGCUGGAGGCCGUGGCGUCCCCUCACGCCAUGAAGACCCACAUCCCACCUCACAACUGGCCCAAAUCCUUCUGGGAAAACCUCUGCAAGGUGAUUUACAUGUGGCACAACACCAAGGAUGAGGCCGUCUCCUUCUAUCACUUCGACCCGAUGAACAAGCUGCACCCACACCCUGGGACAUGGGCCUGGUACCUGGAGGAGCUCAUGGCUGGCAGAGUGGCAUAUGGCUCCUGGUAUGACCACGUGAAGGACUACUGGGAGCGGAGGAAGGAUCACCCCAUCCUCUACCUCUUCUACGAGGACUUGAAGGAGAACCUCCGCCGGGAGGUUGCCAAGGUGGCCCAGUUCCUGGGGCGGGAGCUGCCGGAGGCAGCGCUGGCCACCAUCACCCAACACACCUCCUUCGCGAGCACCACCGGAGACUGGAAGAACCACUUCACCGUGGCCCAGAGUGAGCACUUCGACCGGGACUACGCGCAGAAGAUGUCGGGCACCGACCUGCGCUUCUGCACCCAGAUCUGA